GGCGUCCCUCCGCCUCUUUGCCCCGCUCCUUCCCCGCCUCCGGUGCUCGCUGCCUGCUUCCCCCCGCACCCGGAGCUCCCGGCAGCUCUCCCCCGCUAUGGCUUCCCCCGUGGCCCGUGCAGGCCGCUGCGGCGGGCGGGGAGCGCCGCGGGCCGCCUCGUGGGCUGCCCGGAAGCUGCUGCUGUCCGUAACCCGCGCUGGGGCGGCGGCCGUGGGUGCGCGGGGAGCCCGCUGUGCUUCACAGCGGGGCUUUGUGCCGGUAGAAGGGGAGUUUAAUGCCUGAGCGAGGUGCAGUGUUGGUGCUCAGGAAGCAGAAGCUGGUUGUCCGGGAGGGUUUCCGGAGAUCGGGUUUGUUUGUGUGUGCUUCUGUUUCGAGUUCUGUGCGUGGGGGUUGUUCCUCCCCACCGCGGGUUUGCUGGUUGGUUCCUAGGAAUUCAUAGAAUGUUAAGGGGCUGGAAGGGACUUCAAAGCUUAUCGAGUUCCACCCCUGCUGCCGUGGGCAGGGAUACCUUCUGCUGGACCAGGUUGCUCAGGGCAUUAUCCAGCCCGGCGUGCUGAGCACUGUCAGGGAUGGGACAGUCACAGCCUCCCAGGGCAACGUGUGCCAAGCCUCACCACCCUCGCAGUAAAGAAUUCCUUCCUAAAUUCCCCCUCUUUCGGUGUUUAUCUGUUACACCUUGUCCUGUCACUACAGUGCUGACAGAGUCCCACUCUGGUUUUGCUGUAGGACCCCUUCAGAUACUGGAAGACUUCAGGAACAGUGAGUGGAAGGGUUGGAAUUAAAGUGCAGGUGCAGAGGAGGGCUGCUUCUCUUCUGCAAUUUGGUCGUGUUGGUCUGGGGACAGACACCCUGUGCAAGUGAUUUCCCUGCUGAGUUGAGUGCUUAAAAUAAAGGCUAAGUGUUUGGAAAAGAGGGAACCUGGUAGUAUGGCAAAACUGCCAGCUGAGUCAGUUAAUUCAGAGCAGUGGGGACUUGAGACCAUUAUGAGGAAUUUAUGGCAGAUAAAAGGAAGUGUUGACAAAUGUGUGCUAGUGUGUUUUGGUAGAAAUCACUUCAAAUGCCUACUCUUCAGGUCCACUUUAAAUAAUGAACAGGCUAGAGAGGUAUCAUGCCCUUCCUUGUCCUUUCUUACAGUGCAGUAACCCAAUGUUACUGCCUUUGAAACUUUGAAAAAAAAAACAUUUUUGUUCAACAUAAGGGCUCUCUGGGACCAUAAGAAGAUUGUACUUUUGCAUAUCUACCUACAAAUGAGAUGAAGAAGAAAAUAUGCAGGACUGAAAGCCUUUCUGUAGGAGGCAGAGGAGCAUUAAUAGAUCGGUGGCAGAAGAAACAAUAGUUUUGUUUCAAAGGUUGUUGUGUGAUCUAGUCAGGAUUUUCCUGCAUCUGCCUUUUGUUGCAGGGGGAGCAGGCUGUUGUACCAGAUGGGGUGCCAAGUAUAGCUUGAAGCUUUUAGGUAUUUUUAAGGUGGCCUGUUGUGAUUUUAUCUGGGUUUAGUGUAGUUAGGGUGUGGCAACUUUCCCUCUGUUAGGUUUGGUAAACAUUAUUGUGUUUUAUGGGCAGGGGAUGGUGUGCUGAAAAUGUGCAGCAGAUAUUUGGGUUGUACAAUUGUCCACCUGCUCUUUGAUUAUCAUCUCUGUGUUUCUUAAUCACUUCCCCUGUCUCUAGCACGGAGAUUACGUUGCUGACUUGUUCUCUGAAGUGUCUGGAUGUCUGCUUGUGCCAUGUGAGAGCUGGGUGUUAUUGCUGCUGCUCAGACAGAAUUCCCCAGGUCUGCUAAAUGGACCUUUUAUUUAUUCAUGUUUAGCUUGGUAGACAGAAACUGCUCCACUCUCUGUAGCAGCCCAGGCUUGGAGCCUGUCAAAAACCCACUUUUUACCUCAGAUCUUGGCUGUAGGGAGCAAAGCAUUGCUGGCUUGCUCUUGCUACUUGUGCUCUUGUGUUUUGUUUCCACAAGAAGCUGAUCCUGACUCAUCAGACUUGAGUCUCUUGAGCACUUUGAGGUGGGAGCCUCUUUGAGAAGCCAACACUUGAUUUCUUCCUUUUCCUUUCCCAUUUUGAAGAAUCUUUCUGCAUCUUGUGGAAUUCUUGCUUCAUCAGCUACUCUGAAUGUAGUGGGUGAAGCUUUCCUUCUCCUGUGACAUCUUCCUUUCUUUUUCCCAGAGCACUGGAAAAACAUAUUUUUUUUACUGUUUCUCAACGUUCAUUGUUUAGUUGACACAAACCCUGUCAAUGUGUGAAGUACAGCAGAUAGUUGCAUAUGCAUUGGAGUAUUUCAGCUUUGUGUAUUUCUGAAUCAAGUACAGUAAAAUGUUCAUCAUGGUUGUAUUUGGAGUAGAAUAGCUACAGUUUUCUUCCUAAGAUAGCAUUGUAGUGCUCUUGAGGAGUUUUUAGUGGUUUUUAGGUAAGAAAUAAUCAACUAUAAUCAGUCUGAAUAGAUUUAAGAAACCUGUCAUCUUUUUUGUUUUCUCUGUUUUCUUUGUUUUCUUAAACUUAGUCAGUUUGUACAAUAUGUAGUGCCUAUGUGUGGUUUUAAAUGUUGGGGAAAUUAAACUGGGGUUUAAUGGAAUCGUGGUCUAAUGCAGCAACUUCUAUUGAUAAGUCAUCAAAGUUGUUUUACAGAAGAGCUUUUUCAGUCCUGGCUUUUAGCCCAAGGUCAAUCUGGUUUCACUGAAGUUGAUAAAAUUUCUGAAGUAUUUUCUUUCUCUUAGGUGUUGGUUGUUGCUCCUGCCCCAGCCAGACAUGAAAAUCUGCCAUCACUGUGCUCGUUGCUGUGGAAGCAGUUUCCAUCUUGCCCAGCAGCCUGAAGAGUCAGACUGCAGACUUUUGAAUGCAGUAAAUUCUGUCAGGGUGGAGACAAAGUUGUUUGUGCUGUUACGAAUAUAUGAAUAUUCAGUCUAAAUGUCUGAAUUCUGUCAUUUAGAAGAAGCUGCGUAGUGUUGACUCUGAGUUUUGAGAUGCUGCUUCCAGUGCUUGGUUAUAAUCACAGGUACUUUAACUUGCUCCAAAAUAACUAGUUUAUUCCAUAUUUACUCAAUUGGAUUCAGUCUCACAGAGUUGCUGCAAUUGUUCUACACAGGCAAACAUGUGACAGACCUUACAUGGUAUUAACAGGGUGUGUGCAGGUAAAAAGUGCAGGUUUGGGUGCAGGUCUGCAGCACUGAUUUUUUUGUGCUUUUGGUUUCAGCAGUCUGAGAAGUUGGUGCUUCUUACACUCUCAGUUUAUCUUGGUAAUGAAAAGAGGAAGUGAACCAGAUCACAUCAAAUCAAGCUGAUGUCUGUGUUCUCACAGUCACUGCUCCUGGAGGAUCUCAUCAGUCUCUGAAUGUGCAGGAGUGUGGCUGUUCUGGUUUCUGCGUGUCUCGAGCGAGACCUGCGGCCGAGAUGGACACGGACGGCUUUGGAGAGCUGCUGCAGCAGGCAGAGCAGCUGGCAGCCGAGACCGAGGGCAUCUCGGAGCUGCCGCACGUGGAGCGCAACCUGCAGGAGAUCCAGCAGGCCGGGGAGCGGCUGCGCUCCCGCACGCUGACCCGCACCUCCCAGGAGACCGCGGACGUGAAGGCAUCGGUUCUUCUUGGGUCUAGAGGGCUUGAUAUAUCCCACAUUUCUCAGAGACUUGAGAGUCUAAGUGCAGCCACUACAUUUGAGCCUCUUGAACCUGUGAAGGACACUGACAUCCAGGGUUUCCUGAAGAAUGAAAAAGAUAAUGCAUUGCUGUCUGCCAUUGAAGAGUCUAGGAGGAGGACUUUUGCCAUGGCUGAGGAGUAUCACCGAGAAUCAAUGCUGGUUGAAUGGGAACAGGUGAAACAAAGGAUUCUUCAUUCUCUGCUUGCAUCAGGGGAAGAUGCUCUUGAUUUCACCCAGGAAAAUGAGCCCAGCUACGUGGGGGAGGUGGGUCCUCCAGGCCGCAGCUCCAUGGACAGUGUGGAGAUGGCAUAUGCUCGUCAGAUUUAUAUUUAUAAUGAGAAGAUAGUGAAUGGACACCUGCAACCUAACCUGGUGGACCUCUGUGCUGCUACUGCAGGCCUGGAUGAUAAGAACAUCUCUGAGAUGUGGGCCAUGGUGAAACAAAUGACAGACGUCACCCUGGUGCCUGCCAGCGAUGCCCUGAAAGUCAGGACCAACAUGGAAGUGCGCAUGGAGUUCGUGAGGCACGCUCUGCACUACCUGGAGGAAAGUUACAAAAAUUACACUUUUGUGACAGUCUUUGGAAACCUGCACCAGGCUCAGCUGGGUGGAGUCCCAGGCACCUACCAGCUGGUCCGCAGCUUCCUGAACAUCAAACUCCCAGCAUCAGUCCCUGGUCUGCAGGAUGGUGAGGUGGAGGGCCAUCCUGUGUGGGCGCUGAUUUACUACUGCAUGCGCUGCGGAGAUCUGACUGCAGCCAUGCACGUGGUGAAACGGGCACAGCACCAGCUGGGGGAGUUCAAAACAUGGUUCCAGGAGUACAUGCACAGUAAAGACAGAAGACUGUCUCCUGCCACAGAAAACAAACUGCGUCUUCAUUACAGACGAGCUCUGAGGAAUAACACUGACCCCUACAAAAGGGCUGUUUAUUGUAUUAUUGGCCGUUGUGACAUUACAGACAACCAGAGUGAAGUUGCUGAUAAAACAGAAGAUUAUCUUUGGCUAAAACUGAACCAAGUGUGUUUUGAUGAGGGUGGCGCGAGCUCUCCGCAGGACCGGCUAACGUUAUCCCAGUUCCAGAAGCAGCUGCUGGAGGACUAUGGUGAAUCACAUUUUGCAGUGAACCAGCCACCGUUCCUCUACUUCCAGGUGCUGUUCUUGACAGCACAGUUUGAAGCUGCGAUUGCUUUUCUUUUCCGGACAGAGCGCUUGCGCUGUCACGCUGUUCAUGUUGCUUUGGUUCUGUUUGAGUUAAAAUUGCUCCUGAAAGCAUCUGGCCAGAGUGCACAGCUAUUAAGCCAUGAAGCUGGUGACCCUCCUGGUGUCAGACGUUUAAAUUUUGUGCGGCUUUUGAUGCUUUACACCCGUAAGUUUGAAUCAACAGAUCCAAGGGAAGCUCUGCAGUACUUUUAUUUUCUCAGGAAUGAGAAGGACAGCCAAGGAGAGAAUAUGUUCCUGCGCUGCGUUAGUGAAAUCGUCAUCGAAAGCAGAGAGUUUGAUAUGAUUCUUGGAAAGCUGGAAAAGGAUGGUAGUAGGAAGCCUGGAGUGAUAGACAAGUUUACAAGUGACACAAAAUCCAUUAUUAACAAAGUGGCUUCUGCAGCAGAAAAUAAAGGAUUGUUUGAAGAAGCUGCAAAACUCUAUGACCUUGCAAAGAACCCUGACAAAGUUUUAGAGCUGAUGAACAAGCUCCUUAGUCCAGUUGUUCCCCAGAUCAGCACUCCCCAGUCAAACAAGGAGCGUUUGAAGAACAUGGCCCAUUCCAUUGCUGAGAGGUACAAAGCACAGGGGAUAAGUGCAAAGAAAUCCAUUGACUCCACGUUCUACCUUCUGCUAGACUUAAUCACAUUUUUUGAUGAAUAUCACGCUGGUCACGUUGACAGGGCCUUUGAUAUUAUUGAACGCCUGAAGCUUGUACCUCUUAGCCAAGAUUGUGUCAAGGAGAGAGUCGCUGCCUUCCGGAAUUUCAGCGAUGAAAUCAAACACAAUUUAUCUGAGGUUCUGCUUGCAACCAUGAAUAUUUUAUUCACCAAGUAUAAGAGGAUGAAAGGCACAAGCCCAACCACUCCUGCCAGACCCCAGCGGGUAAUGGAAGACAGAGAUUCGCAACUUCAGUCUCAAGCUCGAGCACUGAUAAUGUUUGCUGGGAUGAUCCCAUACAGAACAUCAGGAGACACCAACGCAAGACUGGUGCAAAUGGAGAUCCUUAUGAAUUAGCAGAGCAGCUUUGGCUGGGGUUGCAGCAGCUGUGCCUGUCUUUAGUACGUUCAGAGGGCCCAUGGGACCAGUGUCAUUUUGUAUUCUGUAUUUUUGUUGACGGAAAUAAAUUUCUUUGGUUUUGA